AUGGACAUGUUGCACUCCUUGGGUCCCAACACGGUGGUCAUCACCAGCUCGGAGCUCCCGGCCCCCCCGUGGACCCGACUAUCUCAUCACACUGGGGAGCCAGAGACGGGUGGGGGAGGACGGACGGACGCACUCGUUGAGGAUCUGCCUGGAGAUACCACGCGUGGGACGCCGUGUGUUUGUGGGCACCGGGGAUCUCUUCGCCUCCAUGCUGCUCUGCCUGGACUCACCAUCACCCCAACAACUUCAAGUUGGCGUGUGAGAAGACGGUGUCAGCCAUGCACCACGUCCUGCAGAGGACCAUCAACAGCGCCCGCGCUCUCGCCGGCCCCGGGGCCCGACCUACAUACGGCCCAGCUGGAACUUAGGAUGGUGCAGAGCAAAAAGGACAUUGAGAACCCGGAGCUCGUGGUCACCGGCACUGUACUAUAA